AUGAAGCCUUAUUCUGCGAAAGCCCUAAUUCUGAUAAAUGUUCCAUUGUUUCUUCUAUUGGUGCUUCUUUCUUCUUGCCAUUCUCUUCAUAGAAUAACCCCAAGCCAGCCCCUCAGAGACGGCGAUGCUUUGCUCUCAGAUGGAGGAACCUAUGCCCUCGGUUUUUUCACCCCUAGCAACAAUUCAAGAAAGCGCUACGUUGGAAUAUGGUUUGCAAGAUCCUCUAAACCAGUUGUUGUGUGGGCUGCUAAUAGACAGACUCCUCUCAAUAAUACUUCUGGAGUUUUGUCGAUUGAUGUCCAUGGAAACAUCGUUCUCGUUUACAAUGAUACUGAUUUAUAUAGGAAUACCCCCAUUUGGUCUUCCAAUGUUUCUUUCUCAUCUUUUAGUGAUCACACCUUUGCCGAGCUUCAGGACACUGGAAACUUCGUUUUAAUUAGGAAUAAAGGGAGGCCAAUAUGGCAGAGCUUUGACUACCCUGGCGACACGAGGCUUCCGUUCAUGAAAAUUGGGGUGGACCUGAGAACUGGUUUUAAUUGGUCCAUGACAUCAUGGAAAUCCCCAGACGACCCAGGAAUGGGGGACGUGACUCACAUGAUCGACCCAACAGGUUAUCCUCAACUGUUCUUGCUUAAAAAUGGAGCUCCAUUUUGGCGAGGCGGGUCUUGGACGGGUCAGAGAUUUAGUGGAAUACCACAAAUGACGCCCAACUUCAUCUUCAACAUCACUUAUAUUGACAAUGCCAAUGAAGUUAGCACUGUGACCCGAGUCAUGGACCCUUCAGUAUUCUUAAUAAUGGUGCUAGACAACACUGGCCAUGAGACACGAACUGUUUGGCGAGCUAAGGAGAAUAAUUGGCUCCAAGUUUGUUUGAGUGUGUGUGCUUGCCCGGAUUCGAACCCAUGA